UGAGCAAACGCAGAUGCAAAAGCCGGUUGUCCAUGCCAGGUGCCACUACAGCGUCAGUUCAAGGUUUAACGGGCUUCCUGCUGUGAGAGUUAGGAUACCACUGCCGCUGAGACGUUUAAAGCGGACGCCAAGAGAGAGAACGUCGACCGUGCUAACCAGCAUGAAUUUCGUGGCGUUCACAGACGUGGGGCCCCACCCAAGACCCCACGUUGUGCCUUGAACCGGAUGCCGUGUCGUGCUCAUUGGCCAUUAAACUUUAAUUCCUUGAGAUAAGCCACGACUUUCCUUGUGCGACUAGAUUCAAUUGGAUCUAAUGCUGUGACAGUUUGGCGAAGUCGCUCACUAAAAGAAGUCGCCGCUCUAGACAAGCCGACACCCCCAACCCUGCGCACGAUGGCCGACGCGAGACUCGUGACUUGGAGGAGAACGGAGAACAACAUGUGGUUCACUGUACCAUUGAUGAUAUGCUUGGCAGCUGUUUUUAUGCAACCAGCAACUGCAGUGAGCAAAGGCAGCGAUGCGGUUCUGGGUAUCACGAUCCCUCGCAACAAGUUCGAGGUGCCCGUGGUUUGCUACUACUAUGGCUGGGCAAGCCGGCGUCCUAGCCCAAUGAACUACCAGGUGGAAGACGUACCGCUUGAUAUGUGCACCUUCGUAGUGCUGGCGUUUGCCGGCAUCGACGAAAAGACCUUCGAGUUGAAGAGCCUGAUUCCUGAAUACCAGGAAGACAGCCAGAGAUACCUGAACUUCACCGACCUCAAGAACCAGCACCUGUACCUGAAAACUAUGCUUGCUGUCGGUGGGUGGGACGUAGGCGGUGAGGUUUUCUCCAAAAUGGUCAGCACGCCGGAGAGCCGGGCAGCAUUCGUCUGGAGUGCUCUACAGUGGAUGCUGGACUACAAGUUUGACGGACUCGAAAUUAUCUGGAAGUAUCCAGGCUACGAGAAACGAGGCGGCACACCACAGGAUAAGGAAAACUUCGCGCUUCUUCUAAAGGAGCUCAAAGAAGCAUUUGCAGCCCAUCCUCUUUACCUGACGGCCGCUCUUCCUUUGGAGGAGAACUACUUAGACAAUGGCUACGACAUCGCUAAAAUGCAGCGACAUGUCGACUGGUUCAACGUGCUCGCCUACGACCUUCGCGGGCGCUGGAACCGGUUCACGGACAUGCACAGCAUCCUGUACAAGAGGGCCGGAGACUCUCCUUACUUGCAAGACCUCACCAUCGCCGAAGGUAUGAAGCGGCUGGUUCGUUUGGGCGCGCCAAAGCAGAAGUUGAUGCUGGGCAUCGCCUACUACGGCCGCUCGUACGUGCUUCGUGACCCCAAAAAGAACGGAGUCAAGGCGCGCAUCAUAUUUAAUGGACAAGCCCAAGCAGGGCCUUUUGUUCGUUCUCACGAGCUCAAGGGUUACUACGAGAUAUGUCAAGAUAUCAAGUCGGGUGGUUGGACACGGGUGUUCGAUGAUGAGGCCAAAUGUCCCUACGCCUACCGCGAGAACCAAUGGGUUGGCUACGAAGACGAAGAAAGCGUUGCCAAUAAGAUGGACUUCAUCUUGCGCGAGAAGUACCGCGGAGUCAUGGUGUUCAACAACGAUCUGGACGACUUCCGUGGAGUGUGCGGACCGAAGAAUCCACUCAUGACCGCUAUAUUUAACAAGGUCGGACAGAAGGCGAUGAGGGAGCUCAGGGCCAACCAGAUACAAUAACCAUCUGACUGAAGAGCUCCACCUAAACUGUAGUAUUUAUGUUUAAUUCAUUCACUGCUUCUUUCUGUGACGUUAUAUAAAACCGACUUUCACAGCAGAUGACACCCAUUAUGAUUGCGGCAGUAAAAUUAUCAUAACAUUGAAUUCCCGUUUUUUUCUUACUUCUUUCUUCCUUUUUUUAAGAAUAGCUACGUUUUCAAUACCUUCAUACAGACGCUCACCUAUUCAACUAUUUAUGAAAUCUGAAGUCUAUGCACACGCCUAUUCGUUAAAUAGCGUUUCCUUUGAAAAGUUCCAAAGUUUCCUCCAAGCAGCUCCGAUUCAAAUAAGUCGAAACACGCAACGUCUACAAUAAACAACCCUACGAAGCGACCAGAAAACUUUUUUGUGAAUAUAGUGAAGACAUAUACCUAGUCAAUUCAGUUAUUCAGCCUGUAAUCAUCUUAGAAAGACCAAUCUUCAAAAGAAAGACCGAUCAUGUCGAGAAAUAAAACGUUACAAUUUCUAGCAUAACAGGAAGAGGAACAGAGUGUUGCUUGCUACAAGAGGACCUAGCCUUACAAAGGCGGCCAGCAUUUUCCCCGCCAAAGCGCCAGCCAUCGAUUGCAGUAGGAUCUAAUGUCUGUCGUAAUACGCACAGGAAAGAAUAGCGGCGAGGACUGAAUGAAUUGGGGCGCACCUUCCAUCGCAUGCAAUCCAUCGACCUCGCACAGCUAGCCAGCCCACACAGCUCCCGCUUCCCACUCCAGCCUCGUAUAGCGGAUGAACUAUCCAAUGUCAUCGGAGAAACAAAAUGUCAUUUGCGCUGGUGUGCAAGAACUUUCUACCACUGUGAUUUUACGUUGUAUAUCAAAUUCAGAAGACUAACAAAUAAUGGUAAAUGUCACCAAGAGCUUCACAGCGCAAGCACCACCACAAUGGAGCUUGUACUGACUCUGUAGGAAUGUAAUAAAGGAGGGCAGCUUUACUUCUGUGAAGUGUCUUAGUCCCAAA